UUAUAAAGCUCUCACAAGCAGCAGUUUCUGCUCUGCUGAGCUCUCACCACUGUGAUUCUGUGUCUUCAUUUGGUCUUUCCUGUGAUCUAGCUGGCGAUCCAACACUCGGGGCUCUGUAGGGACAACAGCGGGAGAGUGAAAAGGGUGAACAGUCAGACGGAGUUGUUUGUUAUUCCUGUACCUUCCACCUCCCCCUUACAUCUACGUGCCCUGCUGUGUGUCCAUCACUGUUAUCCAGCCGCCUGCGUCUUGUGGAUCUAUCUCUGCUGUGGGUGACCGCUAGGAAGAGAAGGGGAAACCCAAGCAAAGAGGCAGCUCACCUCCUCUGCACUCCAGGGAGCCUUCAACCCAUCUCUCCAUCAAAUCGGCUGUAGAUGACCUCUGCUCUCCUAGUCUGGUCUUCUUCACCAUGAAUAAAAUGAAGAACUUCAAGAGACGUUUCUCAUUGUCAGUCCCACGCACCGAAACCAUUGAGGAGAAUGAGUUCACGGAACAGAUCAACCAGCUGAACAUAAGACACACUCAGGGCCUGACUCCAGACAGGCUUGGUCCUCCAUCUCAUGAUGCCAGCCCAGUCAGCCCUGAAGCCACCACACCAGGAGCUCACUCUCCAUCCCACCUCCACUACCACAGCCAGGCCCAGCACAGACGCUUUUCCAUGGAAGACGUGAGUAAGCAAAUGUCUCUGCCUAUGGACAUCCGCCUGCCUCCAGAGUUUCUCAAAAAGCUGCAGCAAGAAAGUGAAAACUCUCCACUCUGCAAACCUCUGAGCCGCAUGUCUCGACGCGCCUCCCUGUCUGACAUAGGAUUUGGGAAACUGGAAACAUAUGUGAAGCUUGGCAAACUAGGCGAGGGCACAUAUGCUACAGUCUUUAAAGGAAGAAGCAAACUAACGGAGAACCUAGUGGCGCUGAAGGAGAUUCGCUUGGAGCAUGAGGAGGGAGCACCUUGCACUGCUAUCAGAGAAGUGUCUCUGCUGAAGAACCUCAAACACGCCAACAUCGUCACGUUGCACGACAUCAUCCACACGGACCGCUGCCUCACUUUGGUGUUUGAGUAUCUGGACAGAGACCUUAAGCAUUACUUGGACAACUGUGGAAAUCUCAUGAGUAUGCAUAACGUCAAGAUCUUCAUGUUCCAGCUGCUUCGUGGUCUUUCCUACUGCCACAAAAGAAAAAUCCUCCACAGAGACCUAAAGCCUCAGAACCUUCUCAUCAAUGACAAGGGCGAGCUGAAACUGGCAGAUUUUGGUCUGGCGAGGGCCAAAUCCGUCCCCACAAAGACCUAUUCCAAUGAAGUGGUUACUCUUUGGUAUCGGCCCCCCGAUGUGCUCCUAGGCUCUACAGAAUACUCCACGCACAUCGACAUGUGGGGUGUAGGUUGUAUCCUGUAUGAGAUGGCAACAGGUCGUCCAAUGUUUCCUGGUGCCACUGUAAAGGAGGAGCUACACUUGAUUUUUAGACUCAUGGGUACACCAACAGAAGACACUUGGUCGGGUAUUAGCAGUAACGAGGAGUUCAGGUCCUACCUCUUUCCUCAGUACAGAUCUCAAGCUCUCAUCAACCAUGUACCCCGGUUAGACACAGAGGGGAUUGAUCUGCUGUCAGCUUUCCUGCUGUACGACACCAGGAGCAGAAUCUCCUCUGAAGCUGCUCAACACCACCCCUACUUCCUGAGUCUGGGGGAUGCCAUACAUAACUUGGCUGACACUGCGUCAGUGUUCUCUCUCAGAGAGGUGCAGCUCCAGAAAGAUCCAGGACAUCGUAGCUCAGUAUUCCAGCCUUUAGGCCGAGGAAAGAAUCGAAGACAAAGCAUCUUCUAGAGAUCGCAGAGGAGAGGAGGGAAGAUGUGAAUGGAGAGGAGCUGCCUUUCAAAUCCAGACCACCAAGGCCAACAAAGCUUAACAUAUUGAGCAAGCAUCCCCAACACACACACACACACAAUCAUAAGGACAGCUUGCUCACCCAUUUCCAUGGCAGCUGAACAUAAAGGCCCAAAGUCUCUCUGAAGAUAAACUUGUUCUGCACUUAAGAAGACCUUAUUCGCUCUCCUUCCGCACACACAUACACACACGCUCACAGCACGUAUACGUUGAACACUUUUGCACUAUAACAAACACUGCACGUGCUGCCAGAACAUGAUUGCACAUAUCAGAGAUAUUUGUUUUCCCCCUUUAAUUCCUCUGACAAAGAAGGCGCUUCAAAAUACCUAGCCCCGCCUCUCUGAUACCCACACAUGGGGCAAGGGUCAGGGGGCUGCAACAACAACACCACCCAGGUUUUUAGGAGCAAUCUAAUUCUGGAGGUGGUUUAAAAAGAAUCGACUAAGGGAAAACGUAGUUAAUGCAAGAACUAAAAAAAUAUUUCAAUAAAGUUUAUCUUAUGUAAGAUUUUCAAGCAGUUUGAAAACAUCAUUGUUGCUAUUCUUAAAAAGCCACCUAAAUUCUAAAACAUGCCUCGAGAAUGUACUGGAAACUGAAACAAACGAGCAUGUUACGUUCUCUGGGUGCGGGGAAUACGUCCAAAAUAUGCCUGAAGCCAAAUUUUUCGGUUCCUCUUCACCACAUCUUCCACAGGUUCUGCCUCUGCCUUUCUUUCUGCUCUCUGACCGCUGGGCUUCUGCUGCCCUCAGGCCUUCCUCUGCAGCGCAGUGUUGAUCACCUAGUGACUGCUGCUCAACCAGCAUUGUUGUAAGCAGCAUUAUAGGGACAUUCAGUGAAAACACAAGCUAAAUUGUGGCCUGACAGUUUCAAAUAUCCAUCUGUAAACUAACUGUGGACAAAUGUACUGCCUGUGGUUUACAGGUAAGUCAGUUUGAUUGUAAAGGAAAAGAAAUUUGUGGCACUAACGUUGGAACAAAACAGGGAUUCUCUUGAAAUCACUGACAUUUGUGUUGAAUGAAUGUAUUUUUCUAUGUCUAUUAGUAUGAACUAUUUAUAUUAAUUGCUAGCACAAAUACCAUUGUUGAGCUUGUUUAUUUAAAAUGUUUUUUGAGAUUAUGUCAAGGCAGAGCAAGUUUAUUUAUAUAGCACUUUUCAGGAACAAGACAAUUCAAAGUGCU